AGAGGAUCAACCUGAGCUCCUCGCCUCUCUGACUCACAGCUCCUUUGGACUCUCUUUCCGUGCGGCUGCCCCCUAAGCACCAUGGGGCAAACCCGGUUCCUUGGGGGUCCCAGCAUCCUUCUUCUGUUCCUCUUCCUCCUUCCCGGGGACCAUGCAACAUCUACUGCAGAACCGCAAUACUUGGUAUUGGUGCCCUUCCUGAUCCACACUGAAACAACAGAGAAAAUCUGUGUUCAACUGAACCACCUCAAUGAAUCCGUGACACUGAAAAUCACAUUGGAAUAUGGAGGCCGUAACGAGAGCUUGAUCAGAGAUGUUCUGGUCACGACGCCGGACGAUUUCCAGUGCAUCCCAUUUACGAUUCCCAAAUGGGACAGCCUCACCGACUCUCCGGUGGUGCUUCUCACGGUGUCCGUGAAGGGGGCCACGUUGUCUUUCUGGAGCCGGAAGACGGUGCUCGUGCAGAACUUGGACAGCCUAGUCUUUGUCCAGACCGACAAGCCCAUCUACAAGCCAGGACAGGAUGUUAAUUUUCGCAUUGCCUCUCUGGAUGAAGGCCUCCAUCCCUUGAAUGAGAAGUUUCCUUUGGUUUACAUCCAGGAUCCCAAGAGGAAUCGCUUGGCCCAGUGGCAAGAUGUGGAGCUGAAUGUGGGCCUCGUGCAGCUCUCUUUCCCUCUGGCAUCGGAGCCCAAACAAGGCACCUACAAAGUGGUGGUGAAGAAAGCUUCAGGGAGCAAUGUGGAGCAGACCUUUGAGGUGAAGGAAUAUGUGUUGCCGAAGUUCGAGGUUACGGUGAAAGCACCCAAGAUUAUAACCAUCCUGACUGAACAACUGGAAGUGACUGUCUGUGGCAAGUACACUUAUGGGAAGCCUGUCCCAGGCUUGGUGAAGGUCCGGGUGUGCCGUCCGUACUCCGGCUCUCAGAACCAAUGUUAUGGAAAAGAGUCAGAGGCUGUGUGUGAAGAAUUCAGUGGAGAGUCAAAUGGACAAGGAUGUUUGACUCGAGUGGUGCAAACAAAGGUGUUCCAACUGAAGCGGUCAGGAUAUAACAUGAACCUGAAUGUAGAAGGCACGAUUGUUGAAGAAGGCACAGGAAUGGAGUUGACAGGCUCUGCUUCCACGGAUAUUACUCAGACUCUCAGUGUAGCUACGUUUGAAGAUUUGGACACAUAUGUCAAGCCUGGAAUCCCAUUACAGGGCCUGGUGAACCUGGUAGAUGGUACCACUCAGCCAAUUGCCAAUGCAACAGUCACUAUCCGAGUAGGUAACAAGGAGACCAACUACACCACCAAUGACCAGGGGAAAGCUCUGUUUUCCAUAGACACCACGAAUUUCACAGAUGACUCUAUUACUGUCCGAGCUAGAUAUAAAUCCGAACCAUAUUGUUACGACAGAAACUGGGUGACUCCCUCUCACCAGGAUGCUCACCACACCGCAUAUUUGUUCUACUCACCAAGCCGCAGCCAUAUCCAUAUCGAUACUCUUCCUAAAACAAACUGCGAACAAAACCAAGAAGUCCGAGUGAAUUUUGCUCUGAAUCCGGAUGUCAUCAAAGAUGAGAAGAUUGUGUUCCACUAUUUGGUGCUGGCUAAAGGGAACAUUGUGCAUGAUGGGAUCUAUGAUAUGCCAGAAACAGAAAGAAAAGCUGCCAAAGGGGUGUUCACUUUCUAUUUGCCCAUCAACGUCGAAAUGGCUCCUUUUGCUCGCUUUCUACUGUACACAAUUCUUCCCAAUGGAGAACUUGUGGCUGAUUCUAUGGAAAUUUACACAGUUGGAAAUUGCUUCUCAAACAAGGUGAGGCUGUGGUUCUCUGAUUCAGUGGGCCUGCCCGCCAGCAAAACCCAGCUCCACCUCGCAGCCUCCAAAGGUUCCCUGUGUGCCGUCCACGCUGUGGAUAAGAGUGUCUACAUCCUGAAACCUGAGGCUGAACUCUCCUCUGAGACGAUCUAUAACUUGCUGCCUGUAAAGACACUUAAAGGUUAUCAUUACGAGCGCUGGACAGUGGAUGAUCCGGACACCACCAAGUGCACCCCCAGAAAAACAAUUGUUGUGGAUGGCAUCCGCUAUCACCCUGAUACUUACACAUAUAAUUCCCUGGACUCCUAUAAACUUAUUGAGAAUUUUGGCUUUAAAGUUUUUACUAACACCAUGAUGCAUCAGCCCAGAGUUUGCCCUACAGAGGCUGUACAGUUUGCAUAUCUAAGUGAAAAUAGUUAUGAAGCAGUACCCGUUGUAGCAAGACGACUACCAUCUGCAAAGUCAAGAGUUGCUUCUCCGCAACAUUAUGAUGACUCGACGGAGAGUUCCGAGCAAGAGGAAAAACCUGAGCAAGUUAGAAGCUUCUUUCCUGAGACGUGGUUAUGGGAUCUGUAUAAAGUAGAAUCAGAUGCUGGCGAGAGCUCCUUCCCCGUCACCAUUCCAGACACCAUCACAGAAUGGAAAGCAGGGGCUUUCUGCAUGUCAACAGAGACAGGCUUUGGCCUCGCCAGUCCAGCUGACCUCCAGGCUUUCCAGCCCUUCUUCCUUGAUCCCAGCUUGCCCUAUUCGGUGGUGCGGGGUGAAAUAUUCCAUUUGAAAGUCACCGUCUUCACAUACUUACCACGAUGUCUCCGGGUCAGAAUUACGCUGGAUCCAUCCCCAGACUUUACGGCUUCCCUUGAGGGAAAAGAAGAGGAAUCACAUUGUGUGUGUGCAAAUGGGAGGAAAACGUUGUCCUGGAUGGUGACCCCCACAUCUCUUGGCGAAGUGAAAUUCACAGCAAGUGCAGAAGCCUUGAGUUCAGACCAGCCAUGUGGAAAUGAAAUAGUAGAGAUGCCCAAGACAGGACAAAAGGACACCUUGAUCAAAUCACUUAUAGUUGAGCCUGAAGGAGUUGAGAAGGAAGUCGUCUACAACCAUUUCCUCUGUGAUGCCAAAGACCCACGCUCAGAACCUGUUUCUCUAAAAGUACCAGAAAAUGUGGUGGAAGGAUCGGCAAGGGCCUCAUUCUGUGUGCUAGGUGACAUUCUGGGCAGCGCCAUACAGAACUUGCACCAGCUCCUCCGGAUGCCUUAUGGUUGCGGCGAACAAAACUUGGCCCUUUUUGCUCCCAACAUCUACAUCUUGAACUACCUGAAUAAUACCGGGCAGCUGACGGAGGACAUCAAGUCCAAGGCUAUUGGAUACCUAGUGUCUGGCUACCAGCGGCAGCUGAACUACAAGCACUCUGAUGGCUCCUACAGCACCUUCGGAGAGCACCGUGGAGAGCCAGGAAACGCCUGGCUAACAGCAUUUACACUCAAAUCCAUGGCUCAGGCCAAGCACCACAUCUUUGUGGAUCAAAAUCACAUUAGUGAUGCUCAGGCCUGGCUGGCUGUCCGACAGAAGGAAAACGGCUGCUUCCGGAGCAGUGGGACCCUCCUGAACAAUGCCCUAAUGGGUGGGGUUGAUGAUGAGAUUAGCCUCUCGGCUUACACCGCCAUUGCUUUGCUGGAGAUGCCACUGCCUGUCACUCACUCUGUGGUGCGUAAUGCUUUGUUCUGCUUGGAGACGGCAGCCGAGUCAAAAGACAUCAACGUUUACACCCGUGCCUUGAUGGCUUAUGCUUUUGCUCUGGCUGGGAAAGAGGAGAAGCGAGAUGAGAUGUUGCACCUCCUCCGUGCGGUGGCUGUGGAAGAAGAUGGCUCUCUUCACUGGCAACGACCUAAGAAACCGGAGGAGAAGGAGGAUCUGCCAUCCUAUUACCAUCGCGCUCCAUCUGCAGAAGUGGAGAUGACGUCCUAUGUGCUCAUGGCUUACCUGACCAAACGGCCGGCACCGUCAGAGGAUGACUUGAAAACGGCCACCCAGAUUGUUCUCUGGCUGAUCAAGCAGCAGAACCCAACGGGAGGGUUCUCUUCGACUCAGGAUACUGUGGUGGCCCUGCAGGCCUUCUCCCUCUUUGGUGCUUUGACCUUCGUUAAGAACAACAAAGGUGUGCAAGUGACCGUGAACGCUGGUGAGAAUGCCCUGAAGCAGUUCCAGGUGGAGACAGACAACCGCCUUCUGCUUCAGUGCCAAGCGAUGCCCAAUGUGCCAGGAGACUAUAGCAUUGAAGUAGCAGGGGAAGGCUGCGUCUUUGCUCAGACCACCUUGAAGUACAACGUGCAGCCACACCAGAAGGAUGUGCCUUUUGAUCUGGAUGUCCACACAGUCCCCGAGACCUGCACCGGACCCAAGGCCAACAAAGUCUUCAACCUUGCGAUAAAUGUCAGCUACACUGGCAAGCGACCGGUUUCUAACAUGGCCAUCGUUGAUGUCAAGAUGCUUUCAGGAUACAUCCCAUCGAAACCAUCUGUGAGAAAGCUGGAAAAUCAUAACCUGGUUCAGCGAACAGAAAUCAGCAGCAGCCACGUCCUGAUUUAUUUAGAGAAGGUGACCAAUGUAACCCAGAGCUACACCUUCACAAUAGAGCAGGAUAUGCCUGUCCAAGGCCUGAAGCCAGCCUUGGUGAAAAUCUACGACUACUACGAAAUAGAUGAAUUUGCCCUGGCAGAGUACAACGCUCCCUGCAAUGCAGAUGAUACAAAACAUGGAAAAGCAUAAAAGACAAAAAGCACAUCCAGCUCACCAUUCCCUCUCUUUUUAGACUCUUCUGUUCCUUCCACCAGACAACACUGAAUCAUAGCCCAAAAAGAAAUAAAAGAAACUUUUUUAAUAGGCCGACUCAAUAAAAUCUGGUCCACUUUAAUUGUUUUCAAACCCACAUGUUUGCCUUGUUUAUUCCACAGUUCUGUAAGUCCUGAAGCAUAUGCCUCAAAUUGUUUAUGUCAUGCCCAGAAUAACAAGUGCAAAAAGUUUGGAAAAAUAAAAGAAACAAACCAAUAAAUAA